CCACCAUUGACCUUACGCCACGUUCAAUUCGUCACAUUAGGCAGAUGCGAACCCUCGAAGUCUACGAUCAUGUUGCUCUCAAGCAGAACACACGAUUGCACGGGGCAAUCACCCGUACGAAUGGCGAGCCGGACACACCUCGUCUAGAAAAUAGGUUGAAUCUCGCACACACUACCAUCCCUUCUAAAGUGUCGGAUGAGUUUCUCGCAACCGGCGUGCCACCAGCUGGUUAUGUUUAUGUCAAAUGGGCUGAAGAGACAGAUGGUUGCUCGCUCGUGGACGAGAAUGAUCUGACCCUUCUGAGCCGCGCCUUUCAAGUUGGCGACGUUGUGAGGCAGGACGGCAGUUGCAUGACUGGAAAGGUCAUCGAUGUCGACGAAACUUACACGCUCGCACCACUCGCCUGCGACAGGGAAGUCGCCAAACUACUCUCCGUCGAACAAUUGUUCCCAUCGUGCUCACCUGCAUGCGCCUCGCACCCUCCACUACGGUUCUCCCAUCCGAACCCGCACGCUCUCAUUUAUAACGUCCCGUCCCGAGAAAUCAAAGUAGCACAAGAUGUGGUUAGAGGUGAUUACCUGACAAGUGACAAGUGGAUAGGAUUGGUUUCGGAUGUUGGAUACAAUGUGGUCAUUGCACUUGAAAACAAGUCAGUCGUGGUGGUCACAGGACUUGGCGGCAUCUGUCUCCCACUUGAAGAUAACGGGAUACCGCUGUUCAAUAUGUUUAUCCGUGGGGAUGCUACGCGAAAGGAGCUGCCGGAUUUUGCCAAUACCGAAAACACAUAUGGGGUUCCUGUGGAAGUAUUACGCCCCGGCGAUCACGUCGUUAUCAAUCAUGGUCCACUGAGAGAAGGAAGAUGGAUUCGUGGCUCAUACGACCCCAAGUGCCGUAGACUUGGAGUGGUGCUAGAUGUUCGCGCUCGAGAAGUUACUACGAUGUGGUUAGUCAACAAUCGGCGCGACAAAUCAAACGCAAGUACAAAACCGAGAUGCGAACAAUCCAUUUACGAAAACAUUGACACCUUUCAAGACCAGGCCCAAUUAACCCUUAACAAGUAUGUAUCUGUCUAUGAUUCUGCCAAAAUGCCAAGCAAGACAGCAACAAUAACAACGACAUUGCAUUCGAGAACAAUAUCAGGAUAUCCGAAAGACACGCAAAGCGUCCUCCUGGGACUAUACAUUGCAGUGGGUACUCACGUUAGAUUCCGAGAUCCCACGGGGGCGGCCGUCAAGUAUCAGGGGAGUGAACAGAACUCUCACGGCCGUUUAACGAGGGUGGUAUCUGUCGACUACCCUGAUUGGGACUUCAACGAAUUCAUAGUCGUCGAUAUGAAACAAAAGGCAACUGUACUCUGGCAAGAUGGCUCGACAACAACCUCUGACUCAAUGGACUUGCACGAUCAUGACCUCUUCGAACCCGAACUACAGCCUACGAAUAUUGUCGUUAUGCGCGAGGGAAUGCUUCAAAGACCCACAGCAUCAUCUUCCGCCGUCAGCUUUGAAACGUCAGAGUUCAAUGAGAUGGCAUUGUUUGAACGUCCACACGACUUGAUGCCGCAGAAAGUGGGUGUCAUUCAGACCAUCGACCCGCGCGAGAGAGUGGCCUCGAUCCGCUGGUAUCGGAAACCGAAGAUCGAGCUCUUGUCGUCGGGGCGGAAUUUGAGCCAUGCCUCCCACUUUGGGCCCAUCGGUGACACAGUAUCGGAUGUCUCUUUGUACGAGAUUCUACCAUUUCCUUUCUUUAAUUGUCUACCAAGGGACAUGUGCGUCCUUGCGGACUUGGUAAAAGUCACCAGGGGCCAGCAAGCUUACGAGACUGGCGAAAGCGUUGACAUAUCACUACCAACGAAUUCGACUUCACCCAGACCUGGAAUAGAGAGGGCAGUAGAUAGAGAGCUCUCCCCUAUCAGUAUAGCGCCGUGGAGAAUGCCAAAGGCUCGUACUGAACCGAAUGGUGCAGGGCCACGGGACUGGGUAGGCCAGGUGGUUGCAACUGGACUUGAUGGCUCUCUGACUGUGCGACUGGGGGCAGCUCAACAUUGUCGUGAUGUCCGCAUGGAUCUUGAUGGACUCUUAGCAUGCAUUCCUGGUGACCGACGCGACAUGGAAUCAGUUGAUGGCGAUUUGCUGGAUGUGGAUAAUUUUGACGUGGACAUCGAGAUCUCGGACGACUCGUCCGAUGACUACUCUGAUGCCGACGUGGAAAUGGGAGAGGUUGAUGAUUUACUACUAGACUUGACACCGGAGGAGGCUGAUCUGAUUCAUAAAUCACAUGCCCCAAUCUUGACCACAGUGCCACCUGAGCCAGCAGAGGCCCCAGCAGAGGCCCCUUUAUCGACCACGAUGCCACCCGGGCCACCUCCGCAAUUCCUCAUACUCGACCAAGAGCCUCCAGCAGACCAGUUUGGGCUCCAAUCAGUUUCCUCAUCUAUCGGUGCACUGAAACGGAUUGCCAAAGAACAUAAAAUUCUCGCGUCCUCGUUGCCCAAAGGGCAAAUCUAUGUUCGAACCUAUGAAAGGCGACUUGAUCUCUUCCGAUGCCUCAUGGUUGGACCUCGAGAUACGCCUUAUGAGAAUGCUCCUUUUCUGAUAGACUUGCAACUACCGGAACGAUUUCCAGAGCAACCGCCGACGGCGCAUUUUCAUAGCUGGACGAGCGGAAUGGGUCGAAUCAAUCCCAACCUCUACGAAGAAGGCAAGAUCUGUCUGAGUCUGCUGGGUACUUGGUCGGGACAGCACAAGACUGAAUCAUGGAAUCCCAUGGCUACAAUCCUGCAGAUUUUGGUGUCUUUGCAAGGCCUCGUCUUUGUGAAGAACCCCUUCUACAAUGAAGCCGGUUUCGAAGGUUACGAAGACGACGAGAGAUACAUUCACGAGGCAGAGCAGUACAAUGAAAAGGCGUUUGUCAUGGCCCGAAGAUUCACCAAGAACGCGCUGGUGCGUCCGCCGAGGGCGAUGACAGAUGUCCUGGCGUGGUUGUAUUUGCCUCACCACCCAGACAAGCCAGGUGAGAGUCUGCUCGGCACAAUCAUCAGCCAAGGCAAGCUUUUGAUUGAAAGGUCCGAGUCUGCGAGGGCUAGGAAUGAUGAGAGCUUGUUGGAUUCUCAGGGAGAAAAAGAUGAUAUGACCAAGGUGUUUCUACGACCGCUGAGUCGUGGUGGAAUUGUCAUGUUGAAAAGAACCAUAGAAGAGUUGCAGACGGAGUUGAACAGGUUGACGAUGGUGGAAAGUUGCGACCGCGAUGGAGGAGGAGGGGGAGCAUGAAGACUGAAUACACCACCGGAUGGAUCGAAUAUCUGGUUGGUUUGACGGUCUGUUAUGACUAUAACAAAUUUGAUCCGAACUUGGAAUGAUGAUUAGGAUGUGACGAAGGAUAUGAAUGGGAUGCACAUGAGUCAUGAUCAUUUGAUACCCUAACUACUGAUUGAGUAGUAUGAUGGAUGGGAUGGGAUAUACUGGUACGGAGUUGAGGGUCAUAAAAUUGAACUUUGAUAUUUACACGGUGUGUAAGAAUUGUACGGAUUAAAGGAUGGAUAUGGUAGAUACAGUACUCGGUAUCUUGGUU